CAGAGACGGAAGUGGCGUGAAUCUCGCGCAAGGAAGCCUUUCUGGCGCGCCAAAUUUCAAAGGACUUCCUGGGAAAAGGACGCGAAAAAGGGGGACAACAGCGAUUAAAUAAAGUAUAAUUAUCCCAGUUUGCAAUUCCAUUUUCUCAGUGAAAAGGUGCAGGGACGUCACUUGGCAAGACGCAAACUUUCUGUCUUUUUAAUUUUGACCAACAGACAAACCCUAAUCUGUGUAGAAGACACGAGCGUUACACAGGCCAUAGUAACUGUAUUUCCAUUUUCGUCAAACUGUCACUGUAACUGUUAGUUAUUUGCUUGUGUAGACAUGUACACGGGUGACGUUGUGUCCCCAUUUUAAACGCUAUUUUAAAGUUGUCACCAGUACAAUUUCUCGCCUUAAUAUAAAAAAUGUCUCGUAUUUAAAUGAAAACCAAUCAUAUUUUUAGUUGAGCACAGCUCAGGGCUUUAUUCUGGCGAACUCGAUCGGGUGCGGGAGGGGUUGUUGGGAGCCGCGAUGCUGUCAGAAGUGCAGCCCUGCUUUCAGCUGCUGAGAAUCGGCUCUUCCUCGUCCAACGGCGGCGCUCUACCGGACUCAUCUCGGGACCUGUACACGUUUCGGCCUGCACUCACUCAUUCAGUAUUCAGGCUAGGCAGGGCGGCGGAGUUGUGCGAUGUGACCCUGGAUGCCGCCAAUGUGUCUCGCAUUCAUGCAGAGCUGCACGCAGAGAAGGAGACCACUCUAAAUGGAGAGGAGGGCUGGACAGUGCGGGUCAAGGAUCGAAGCAGCUAUGGCACCUGGGUCAAUGAUGCACGUUUGCAGCCUGGUGUUCAGUGGGAGCUUUCAGAUGGUGACACCCUUGCUUUUGGUGGGCAGUCGGAACAAGGGAGCCCAGAGUUCUAUUUCCUGUUCCAGAAAGUCUGUGUGCGCCCGCUCGAUUUUGACGCCAUCACCCUCCCGAAGGCGGGCUCCUUCUCCUCGGACCUCCAGAACCGCAUUAGGACCAGUCAGGAGCGCAAGGUGGAGCCGCAGCUGGACCUCAGCCGCCUGUCCAUCAAGCGCGCCACCGUUAUCCUCAACUCCAUCGGCAGUCUGAGCAAGAUCAACGGCAGUUGCUGGACCUUCCGCCGGGCCGACGGCACGUCCUCGCCAGCGUCCAGCCGCGUCGGUAGCCCCACGGCCACCUUCCUCAUGCCGCCCUCUACGCCUCCGCCUCCGGCCGCGCCACCCGCCACCUCGUGCAGCACGUCGGCCAAGAGCCGCCGCAAGUCUGCCCACACGGUCCUCCUGGAGGAUGACAGCACGGACGAGCAGGGGAACGUAAUGUCGGUCGGCGAGGCCAGGCUGCGUGGCCGGAAGAGGCGCCGCCUCUACAAGUCCGAGUCUGAGGUCUUCCAUCCGCCACUGGCCAAGCCCGAGCCAAGAGCUCCUACUCGGCCCCACAUCAACAUCACCUAUGACAAGAACUCUCACUAUAACAAUCAUAAUCACCAUCACGGUGAAGUCAGAAUGGGCCAGCACAUCAUCGCCAACGUGCACAUGCGACGCACAAGCGCCGACACCGCCUGUAACCGCAGCAACGGGGGCCGGGUCACCCCUGUGUUCCGCCAGCGGGAACCGAAGGGCCUGUCCCCGGCAACGCGGGGACGGAGGAGGUCUGCACCCUCGCCUAUGUACUCCCCCCUGGUGGUUGGAGGAGAGAACUACAACCUGGCCUCGCCCUCCCUGAGGCUGGCCAGAGGAGGCAGGGAGAGGAACCAGUUCUCCCGCUUCCAUGUCACUACAGGGAAGCGGCGCGGCCGACCCAGGAAGCACCCUCUUCCUCUGCGUCCAUCUCUCCCCUCCCCUACGUCCUCCUCCUCUUCGUCCUCCUCUUCCUCCUCCUCUUCGUCCUCCUCCUCCUCGUCGGAUGACGACGACGAAGAUGAGGAAGAGGAGCGGGCCCAGGUCGGCGGCACGGAGGCGUGCGCGGCCGGCCUGCGCUGCCGGCUCCCCCAGCAGGACACGGUGCAGUGGAUCCAGUGCGAUGACUGCGACGGCUGGUACCACGUGGACUGCCUGCGCUGCGCCCGCCCCUCGCUCCUGCUCGACCCCAACGCUGACUUUCACUGCGGCUGCCGCUAAGGCCUCAUCCCUCCACCUCUCCACCCCCCCCCCCCCCCCCCCCACACACACACACACACGCGCAAACGCAGACAAAAGUGUUCCUGCUUCCAUACAGCAAAGACCGACCCCACUGAUAAAUGCAGAGGCUACUGCGACCAGCUACCCACUGCCACUGUCCAUUUGUGCACACAUUUAAAAGUACCCUGUGGCUUUAACAUGGCAUUGACCUGUACGCUGUCUGCUAUGUGCUCACAGCCUACUCUGUACUAUGGAUACACAUUAACAUGCACACAGUAUGAUGCCCCCUUUCGCCAAUUUCAUUAGUGCCACAAACCCACACCACAGAGCCACUUUAUCAUCAGUGAAACCAUUAAUCCCCUAAUGUUAAAUGAUAUAUUAACGCAUAACACACACACACACACCCCUACCUUUUUCAAAUCCAGAAAUGUCUUAAUUGUGUAACCUCACCUGUCACCAUGGCCAUGCACACAUUGGGUGUCUGUCCAUCAGGAAUGUACACACACACACACACUCACAAGCCAUCAGAGUCACUCACUCUACUGAUCAGCUAUUCUGUCUGACCUGGGCACAGUCCUGUAAUUGGUUCAGAUAAAGCUCUAAUGAAUUCCGUCAGCCGAUUUAGUGUUGACUUAAAAGCGUUCCGCGGCAGCUUCCUUCCUGCCAGAGCGAGAGAGAGAGAGAGAGAGAGAGAGAGAGAGAGAGAGAGAGAGAGAGAGCCACUCAUGGGGACCAGCUCCUGGCAACGCUGAUGAAAACUCAGGCACAGGCGCGGCUGCAUUAGAAGCGCACUGAUCAUUACGGUGGCAGGAGGAGAAGGGCUGAUGCAUUAAAGUGACUUUUUAAAAAGGCUUUUGUGGAUCGUAUUCCUGCAUUUGAAGACUCAUUCCCUCUCCCCCUUUGUAAAAAAAAAAAGAGGCCAUCGUGGGCUUCUUCUGGGAAAUGGUCUGAAAUGGUCUUUAAGGCUGAACUUUAAUGGCGUGCGGCAGGCGCGUGUCGGGGAAAUUACUCUCAUCAAUCACUUGCCCAGCAGAAAGUGGCGUUGGGAUGCUUUAAAGGACUUCAUCUUCAUCUCGAGCCUCACAUCACAGACUUUGAUAUGGAACACUUUAUGAUUCUCCUCACGUUGGGAAAUGACCAUCAUUGCUUCGUAAAUUUCAGUGGGCAUUUACCUAAAGAGUGCCAGGAGCUGUGCUCAAGUUUUCAAACAGAGAACUUUGAGAGUGACUCGUGUUUACCAUACCCUCAAUGCAGUUGAGGGACCAGGCUGCUUAGGCAGGCAGUAAGACUGAGGCUUGGGAAGCACAUUUUUGUCAUCUUCCUCUGGCAUGUCUGUCUGGCAAUUUGUAUGUGUGUGGGUGUGUGUGUGCAUGUGUUUGAGUAGUACUUUUGGGUGGCACAUUUAACACUGUUGUGUAUGGUUCAAAGGGGGGGGUGGGAGUAGCCCUUUGACGCUGGCGUUUAAAGAAAGCCUUGCGGUUGUGCAAAUUAUGGGGCCAUUUUCUAACCAGAUGUAAUAAUUAAUCUCAAAGCUACAAGAUGUUGUUUUGGCAGAAGAAUGCAUUGUGUGUUGCUGUCCUUGCUAAACUGUAUACCAGAUUUUGUGACAUUUCUUACAGAUCAGUCCAGUACUGUGAUUGUAAUAUUAUGGGAUAUAUUAAUGCAUAAAAACGCAUAAGGAGCAGGUAUUAAUUAAGGGUCACAUCUGCUGUCAAAAAUUCAGCUUCUUGUGGAAAACAAAAAUAUUAUAUAUUGUAUUUUUCUUUCCAUACGUCUUAUUAACCUAAGCUUCCACUUUUACAGGCGCUAACCUCACGUGUAGGAAUAUGUUGACUGCUAUAACUAAUCGAUUUAAGCCGGUUUAUAUCUAUGAAUGUGUUUGUUUUUACACUGUCUUCACUUUACGAAAAUGGAUCAGAACCAUUGUAAUCUGCAUGCCUUUCACAGUGUUGGGCUAUGAGGUGCGAGGGAAAUCAGGGCCUGAAUAAAAUAUUUAAAAGAGAGGUGA